AUGCGGCGGGCGGCCGUGUGGACGACGACAGUAUGGGCAUUAAUGGCAGCGGUGGCCGAGGGGUACCAAUCAUCGUACAACUACGUGCCCCAGGGCUCUUCGCCGACCCUGUACACCCCCGGGUUCGAGCCGAUCAUGCAUCUCGAUCAGAACACAUUCGCCGACACGGUCUUCGCCCAGGACAAGUCGUUCGUCGUCGAGUUCUACGCUGAUUGGUGCGGGCAUUGUCGAGCCUUCGUUCCCUAUUUCCGCGAAUUCGCCAACCAAGUGUUUGGAUGGAACAAGGUGGUUACGGUGGCGGUGAUGAACUGCGCGGACAGCUACAACGUCGACGUCUGCAAGGCGAAUGGCAUCAGCGAGUUCCCCACGCUAAAGUACUUUGCGCGAACGGCCCGCCGACCGAGCGAUGCCGUCCAUAUGGACCCACAGCAUUCCGCCGACGGCAUCAGGGACGCGUUGUUGAGGUCCAUCUCCAACGAGUACGCCUUCAACCGGUACCCCGAUUGGCCAAUGUUCACCCCGCUUCAAGUUGACGGACGCACAACAUACGGCCAACUCUGGCAAGGCAUCCCCGAAUCUGCCGACUACAUGGCCAUCGUCUUCGAAAUCAGCGAUGGUGUCGGGGCAAGGUUCCAACUCGACAUGUGGGAGAAGCGAGGGAUCGUCGGCACCCGCCGCGCCCUCUCCAACUCGCCGUUGGUGCAGAUGCUGCGAAUUCGGGAGUUCCCCUCGGUCGCCCUCUUCCGCCGUGACCACCAGCAGGCCAUCUACAUGAGCCGCGUGCACAACGCGUCCUUCGGCGAGAUCGAGGCGGCCAUCAACGCCGACCGGGCCAGCCACCACGUGAUGCCCGUGCAGAAUAUUCAAACGUCCACCUUCCGCCCCAUCACCACCACCCUGGCACCCGUCGUCGAUUGCGCCAGAUUCCCAGACCGGUGCGCCGACAUGUUCUACGUCUCCGAGACGGACAUGCUCAAAUCGAUGCACCAGGCCCUCUACGACUCGGUGCGUGACGUGCACGGCGGCAUGGUGCAGGGGGACAACUUCACCAAUCUCUACAACUUUGUCGAUCUUCUCGCCAAUCACUUCCCGGUGCUCUCGUUCUCGAAUGAGCUGCGACGGACGGUGAGGAAGAAGAGGACCUCGUCGACGAUUCUGAAGAACUCGGAGCGUGCCCGCCUCGUCUUCACGCAUAUGAGGGAAUGGCUCGAGGCACGGAAGGGCAACGGCCAUUUCCCCUCUUCCGAAUGGAUUCGCCAAUUUGAGAUGAUUGAGCGCGUGUACGCCCGGCCAUUCCCUACGAAUUCAUCGUGGCAACACUGUGAGGGAUCCUCGGGACGAUACAGGGGCUACACGUGUGGCCUAUGGACGACCUUCCACGCCAUCACCGUCCACACAUACAUUGACACCAUCAAGGACGACCGAGUGGACCGUCUAAAGCCGCUGCGUGCCAUCCAAGGCUGGGUAUCGUCCUUCUUUGGGUGUCGUGACUGCCGCGAUCACUUUAUGGACAUGACGCAGAACAAGUUCCCGAUGACUGCACGCAGGGUGCGCCACCCGCACGACAUGAUGACGUAUCUGUGGCGGGCGCACAACAUUGUCAACCAACGGCUGAAGGGCGACGCAUCCGAAGACCCCCAGUUCGUCAAGGUGCAAUUCCCGCCGCCGUUCCUGUGCCCGACGUGCCACUCCGGUGGACAGUUCAGCAGACGACAGGUGCGCAACUUCCUGCUCCGCUACUACGGCAGCAUCAAGCCGCACAACCGGCUGGCCAACCGUCGCCUUGCCCUG